AUGUCCGGAAACGGUUCCAACGUCAAUCGUUAAUCGAACUUUUUUUUCUUGCAGUACAGCAAAAAUACGUCAAUCAAACAAAUGGUGUGAUUGUAGCCCUUAUUCUUUUCUAUCUUUCUCUAUCUACAUAUUUAUAACAUCACCUACGUGAAACUUUCUAAAUAUUCAUCGUAAUGCACGUAAUAAGUAUUUAUUAAAAAAAAACAAUCGAUCGCGUCAUUGUACAAUAUUGUACACAAAUGCACUAAUCAUGUUUUCGCGUAAUAUUUAUUAUUAGACGUCUCUGCCAAAAGUAGUCGCAAUUUCUUAAUAACCUGCUUAAUCAUGAAUUUCGACGAUUGCGCAAGUAGUGGCUAUGCCACGGCGGAAACCGUAUACGGAACUCACGAAGAUAGCCAUGUAGUGAUGUCGGAGAAGGUUCAGUCCCUCGCAGGAAGUAUUUACCAAGAGUUCGAGAAAAUGAUAGCACGGUACGACGAGGAUGUCGUUAAAACGUUGAUGCCUUUACUCGUGAACGUAUUAGAGUGCUUAGACUCCGCAUACCAAACCAACCAGGAACACGAAGUAGAGCUGGAACUCUUGCGGGAAGACAACGAACAACUGGUCACUCAGUACGAGCGCGAGAAGUCAGCUAGGAAACACUCUGAGCAAAAGUUACUUGAGGCUGAAGAUCAUUAUGAGGGUGAAAGAAAAGAUCUGACAGGGAGGUUAGAGGCUCUGGACAGCAUUGUACGUAUGCUGGAGCUCAAGCACAAGAAUUCCUUGGACCAUGCCAGUAGACUUGAGGAGAGAGAAAAUGAACUUAAAAAGGAAUAUGCUAAACUCCAUGAGAGAUACACAGAGUUGUUCAAGACUCAUAUGGACUAUAUGGAACGCACCAAGUUGCUACUGAGUACAGCUAGCGACCGCAGUGAGGUCCGUGGCCGUCUUGGUCUCAAUCCAGUUGGCAGGUCGAGUGGUCCCAUAUCAUUUGGGUUUGCAUCUCUGGAAGGUUCAGUCCAUGCAGUGGAGCAGACUGAGAGCAUCCCCGGUAGUCCAGUCAGUCUCUCAUCCUCCCCACCAUCGCCUCCCAUUGGAGCAGAAUUAGCAGCCGUCAGAACUGUGGAACGCGCCCACCAAACUGAUCCCAUCAGACAACAAAGCCAAGCUACGUCGCCAGUGGCGCCACCUACUGGUGCGAGUCGUUCGCAGACCAAAAGCGAGAAGCGCAGUGCGAACACGCUGUAUCAAGAGCUCGCCUUCCACGACACCGACGUCACUAUCGCGGAGGUCGAUGAAGGCGCGGAUAUAACUGGGAGCUGGGUUCACCCCGGAGAGUAUGCGUCUUCGGUUAACGAUAACUACUUCGGUAUGGGGAAAGAAGUGGAGAAUCUCAUCUUGGAGAACAAUGAAUUAUUGGCAACUAAGAACGCACUGAACGUGGUGAAGGAUGACUUGAUAGUAAAAGUGGAUGAGCUCACCGGUGAGCAGGAAAUCCUGCGCGAGGAAGUGUCCGCACUGAGUGCGGCGCGCGAGAGGCUUCGCGAACGAGUGUCCCAGCUGGAGGAGGAACUACGGCAUUUGCGAGAAGCUGUCGGUGCCGGUGGAAGCGCAGCAGCGGGUGGCGGAGUCGGAGGAGGAGCGCACGAUGACGAUGAGGCUGACGUGCCGAUGGCCCAGAGACGGAAGUUCACGAGGGUCGAAAUGGCACGCGUGCUUAUGGAGAGAAACCAGUACAAGGAAAGAUUCAUGGAGCUGCAGGACGCAGUGCGUUGGACGGAGAUGGUGCGCGCGAGCCGCGUCGACUCCACCAUGGAUAAGAAGAACAAGCAAGGCAUAUGGAAGUUUUUUAGUAAACUUUUUAGCACGUCGGAGCGGCCCCAGCGUCCACUAUCGACGCCGCAGCUGCGUGCGGUCGCAGCGCCGCAGCCACCUCUGCGACACUCGCGCACGCAGGCGGACUUCCUCGAGACGCAGCUCUCUGACCACCAUCACCGCCGGCACGAACAUGCGCGCUGCGACCAGUUCCGACAGGUGCGGGCUCACGUGCGCAAGGAGGAUGGGCGCACGCAGGCAUACGGUUGGAGCCUUCCGUGCAAGAGCGGACAAACGCAACGUGGCGCGCUCUCUUUAUCGUCAGGCGGAGUACCCGUGCCCGUGCCCGUGUUCUGCAGACCGAUAGCGGAGUCAGAGCCCCAAAUGACGCUGCUGUGCGCAGCAAGCGUGGACCGAGGCGGUGGUCGCACGUCGGACGGCGGUUGCAUGGUGGGCGACAGUGUCUUCUACGAUGGCAGAGAUAAGAAACAGGACGCUAUGUGCUUAGCGUACGAAAUGAGCAAAGCUCAAGGCUCGAACUCGCCCGAGGUAGAGCAAGGAGACGAGCAGCUCCCGAGCCCGCCCGAAGCACCAGUCGAGAACACGCUCUCUUCCCUCGUCUGGAUCUGCGCCAACACCCAGAACAAAGGCAUCGUUAUGAUAAUCGACGCUAACAAUCCAGCGGAUGUGAUCGAAUCAUUCCCCGUGAGCGACAAGCAUAUCCUUUGCGUGGCGUCUGUGCCCGGAGCGCUUGAUGACGACUACCGUGAACUGCGCGAACGUGACGCUCCGCCGUCCUCGCCCGCGCACGUGCAAGCGCACAACGACGCAGAGACCAAGCGACAUUCGCAAUCUUUGUUCUGCGUGGGCAAGAGCGACUCGACGGAUAGUCAGAGCAAUGGAACCAUAACGAGUAGCAGCAACGGGACUGGGGAAAACGGCGAAAAGGAAGUGGUCGUCGGAAGUACGAGACUGGUUCAAGCAACUCUGCUGACCCCGCCCAGUACGCCUGCUAAAGAGUCGCCACCACAGCAGCAGCCACCGACUGCAGCGCGAGGGAACAGCGACGUGGUCAAGGAGCCAAGUUUGAAAUCUGAACAAGAAAUGGAGGGUGGUAAUGCUGACAGUCCGCCAUUAUCCUCCACACCAAUUAAUGUGUUAACGGAAGCUCGCAACUCACCGGAGCCGGGCGUAGAUGCGUUCGCACAGGAACAAUCGGAAACCUUGACGGAAGAGGGCAAGCGGGCGGAGGAGACGAUGCGAGAUCGCAAGAUGUCCACCGUAAUGGCAACUAUGUGGCUUGGGACCAAAAGUGGCGAGCUCUACGUGCACUCUGCUAUCGGCAACUACAGUAAAUGCUUGGCAAGGGUCAAUCUGAACGAUGCGAUUUUAUCAAUCGUGUGGUGUUCGUCGCGAUGCGUUGUUGCCCUCGCAGAUGGUACCAUUGCCAUCUUUGCUCGCCUUCCGGACGGACAGUGGGACUUUUCUCAAUACUGGCUCAUGACCCUGGGCGACCCCAAGUGUUCAGUACGUUGCCUAAGCGCUGUGGGUGGCGCCGUGUGGUGUGGGUACCGUAAUCGUGUGCUGGUCGUGGAGCCUCGCUCGAGACGCCUUCUGCACUCACUCGAGGCGCAUCCAAGACACGAGAGUCAAGUGCGGCAAAUGGCGGCUCACAGAGACGGCGUUUGGGUUUCAAUAAAAAUGGACUCGGCGUUGCGGCUGUACCACGCUCAUACGUACGCCCACUUGAAGGACGUGGAUAUCGAACCAUACGUGAGCAAGAUGCUGGGCACGGGCAAGCUGGGCUUCUCAUUGGUGCGCAUCACGGCGUUGCUCAUAAGCUCGGGUCGUUUGUGGAUCGGCACCAGCAACGGCGUGGUCAUCUCGGUACCACUUUCUGAAGGAGCGCCUGCUGCUGGAGCUGCUUCGGCAACCAAUUGCCUCGUGCCAACCUCGCUUGUCACCGUUUCAGGUUCAGUUGCGACUACGAGACCACCUAUACCAGGUCAUGCCGCUUUGGUGCGUGCCGGAUCAGUCGCGCCCGGUGACUGUAUUCCGCAUUGCUCAAUGGCGCACGCGCAGCUCAGUUUUCACGGUCACCGCGAGGCUGUUACGUUCUUCGUAGCGGUUCCCGGUGCCGCUCAACAGAACUCACCAGAUUCGCCGCCACCUCCGGCUCCACAACCGCCUACCUCGCCCACACAACGACAUUCCGCCACCGCAGCCACAUUGGUUACGUCCGCUGCACCUCCCAUGCUCGUCAUAUCCGGCGGGGAAGGGUACAUCGACUUCAGAAUAGCUGACUCGGAGAUGGAGGAGAGCGUCGUGGCGGCGGAGGACGGCUCCUCGAGCGGGCACAGCUCGCUAGCGGAGCGCGCGGCUCGCAGUCACCUCAUCGUGUGGCAGGUGGCCGCCGCCUAGCGCUGCGCGCCGCGCGUCCUCGUCCGCCCCCGCCCGCGCCCGCGCCCGCGCCCGCCCUCCGACUGCGACUACGUCUACGUGUGCACCUCCGCCAAGCCCGCCGACACCUUCCAGUCCUACGAGUAGACGUCGUUAUACGUCGAGGUAAACGGAGCGCAGUUAUAAGUUGUUCGUGAAUUAGAAUCGUUUUAUUUUGAAAUCGAUCCAUAGUCCAUUCGACACGACCACGUCCCGGCACCACCGCGGCCCGCGCGCACAUAUCAGGGCGACUCCGCUACGCGCGGCAACAGACAUUGACGUUAUAUUUGUGUAUCGAGCGCUACGUGCUUCUCGCCUGCCCCGGCCGCUUCAUUCCUAUCGUAUAGCGUACGAGUUGUAUUCAAUUGUAAUAUAUUCGUCGAUGUGCGAACAUUGUAUCGCUGCUUUAACAAUAACGUUAAACUAAAUCUCAUAUAGUUGUAAGUUACGAGAUAUAACCACCAAAAAUUCUUUAUAGAAUCUUUAUUAGUGAGUAGUUAGCGGUUUAGGAUAAUAGUCGAGAUAUUAUCUAAGACAUUAGAUAGCUGUACGAAAUGUCUCUUAAUGUAGAACAAUUUUAUUUUCGACUGAUAACUAUUACGGGCUGUGGUUGUCAUCUCCAUCACAAGUUUAGGUUUAAGACGAGUGAAGUAUUUAACUUUAGUCGAGUGUGAGUUCGUUCGCUAUCAGACGCGACCCAGUGUCGCUGCUGGAGCCUCUGUAGCGUUAAAUGUACCCUGUAACUAAUAAUACAUUAUUAUUUUGAGUAAAGUCGACUAGUUUCAUCGCGUGGUUGCAAUUAUAUAUCUGUAUUCGAGUACCAGUGGUUGAUAUUAUUGUUUGACGUUAUUCAUUUUACGCAUUAUACGACACAUACAUAAAAUUAAUCCGAACUUUGCUGGAAUACCGACUGUAUAGUUGUAACUAGAAAUACUGGUUUUAUUUCUCAAAAGAUUCAUGGUGCAAAUUUAUUUAUAGCAUAAUUUAGAUAAGAUACGUUUGUUAUGUGAAUAAUCAAAUAAGUUUUUUUUUUUUUUUUUUUUUAUAUAUUCUGUGUUCUUCGAUUAUAAUGUGAUUUUUAUUUACUCAUUUAUACAAAAUGAAAUUAUUAAAGAGUUAAGUCACGUGCUAUUUAUUUUUAGUCCGAAUAUUAUAACCGUGUUUAUAGGGUGUUUAAUAUUCGUUCGGUUGUACAUAAUAUAUAUAUUUAUAUUUAUUACGAGAUCAGUUGUAAGGCGACCUGCGAGCGAGCCGUUCGGUGGCCGAGACCACUUGAACGCUUCGAUUCCUAGUCAAAACAAACGACCUAGAUUAAAUAUGCGAGGCUUAUGUUGUUUUGCUUGUGUAACGAGUAGGCUGAUGCCGAGGGUUUGAAGGUCGAAAUUUGCCUUAAAUAUAUACACAGCGCAAGUCUUGUAGUUGGGCAUUACUGUACUAAAUGUAGCGCUUGACAGUGUACUUUAUGAUAUCAUAUGACGUAUUAAAAGAUGUUUAUACAUCACGUUUAAAGCUCGGAACACCCUCGCUCAAUCAUGAUCAAGCUCAAUACGGUAAUAUCACUCAGCGACAUUACGCUCUAUCGAACGUUGUAUACAGUUCUGACGUACUGCUUGGUCUCGGUGUGUUCGAAGCUUUAAACUGUAAACAAUGUUAUUUACCUAACUGCUAUUUUCGAAACAUUGUAUCAAUAUCGAAUCAUAUAAUUGGUUGAAAUGAUUAUUACUGAUAUAUACUGAUUGUUCGUGUAUAAUUUGUACUUAUUUAUAACUUUCGUGUGCAAUUGGUUAAUAUAGAUUUAUUUUUUAUUUAUUCAACGGUAUAAAUGAAAUAUAAACAGUAUUCGAAACUGUUAUUUGUACUUGUAAAGUGUUGACAUCCGCAGUAUUUUUUUUAACAAAAUUUAUACAAAUUUAUAAGGAAAUAAUUGUAGAAAAAAAUCAAGUCUUUUGCAUAAUAUUGUAACUAGUAUUUAAAUUUUUCUUGUUUGUAUGGCGCAAUCAAAUAAAAAAUGCCUCUGA